CCUCUUCUAAUAAUGCUGAACAAUGAAUUAUCAAAGUUAAACAUAACCAUAAAUGCAUCAGAGAGAGUGUUCGUCGACACGUUGUCUUACUACGAGAAGCUAAACACAUUUCUCUCUAAUGCGUCUUCUGCUGAUCUAGAAAUGUUAUACAAUUAUGCUCCCAUCCACAACCUAUUUUUUCUUCUCGAGCACGUGUCCAAAGAAGUCCGAAAGAAGUACUUAGACGAGCAAGGGCGCGCAAUCAAACUUGACAGAGACUGGGACGAGUGUUACAAUUUGCUGAGAAAGAAUAUACCUGAGGUGAUUGACUACCUCUACGUCAACUCCACUUCCACUGUCGAUUAUCGCAAAGAGGUGUUCAAUAUGGCCGAAAUUAUUCGUGAGACAUUCAACGCUACAAUUUACAAAGCCGAUUGGAUGAACAACAGCAAAGGUGUUCUGGAGGAGAAGUUAAAGAGCAUGACUUUAGGAAUUGGAUUCCCGGAUAAUAUUUUAAAUACCACAUAUCUUAACGGCUUGUACGAACACGUACCCAUAUUCAGUGCCAAUACAACUUUAUUCGAAAUGCUGUACUCUUUUGAACAAAACCACUAUUGGAAGCAAUUGGCUCUGUUACGGGAACCAAGGCAUAACGAUAGGUGGCUGAAAAACGCCAUAGACGUGGUUGCAUUUUACUCUCCUACGAAUAACCGAAUUGAAAUACCUUGGGCAAUACUCCAUCCACCCUUUUUCCGUCCAGGACUACCUCGGUAAGAUAUACAUUGUUUG